CUGCUCACAGACGUCACCGGCACAAUCGGAGAGGCUGGAGCAGACGGCAAGACCUCUAUUGACACCUUGACAUAUUUGCAACACUCACAUAUCAUCAGACCAUGACAUAAGAUCACAGCAACGAAUCAGGGACACGCCGCCGCACUGCGAAGCGAAGGAGGUCUAGAGCUGCUGCCUGGGAAUGUCCACCGUGCAGCCGUGAACAUGAAGCGCAAAAGCGAGAGGAGAAGAGCCGAGUCGAGGAAAAAGCGCUGUGCAGCUCUUAGCAGCUCAGAGGCGGAGCCAAACUCUGAUGUUUACACUGAGAUAACAGAUCAACUGUAUUUCGCCAUACUAAAGCAAAAGAUCAAAAGCACCGCUGAUCGACAUUGUUUCUGCAUAGAUGAAGAGCUGGCAUAUGAGAACUUCUAUGCGGACUUUGGUCCCCUUAACUUGGCCAUGUUUUAUCGCUUCUGCUGCAAGCUGACAAAGAAGCUCAAGUCUAUUACACUCUCAAGGAAGAAGAUCAUAUUCUACACCUGUGGAGAUCAGAAGAAACAAGCCAAUGCUGCCUACCUCAUUGGCUCGUAUGCAGUGAUGAAUCUAGACAUGAUGCCGGAGGAUGCCUACAGUCUGCUUGUGUCAAGAAACUCGACAUAUAUUCCAUUCAGAGAUGCUUCAUUUGGAACCUGCAUGUACAAUCUGAAUAUCCUAGACUGCCUUCGUGGUGUUCACAAGGCUCUGCAGUACGGCUGGCUCGACUUCUCCAACUUUGACGUCGAAGAAUAUGAGCACUACGAGAGAGCAGAAAAUGGAGACUUAAACUGGAUCAUUCCAGGAAAGUUCCUUGCGUUCAGCGGCCCUCAUCCAAAGAGCAAAAUAGAGAAUGGAUACCCUUUACACGCUCCUGAGGCAUACAUCCCAUACUUCAGGAAUCACAACAUCACCACUGUCAUCAGACUCAACAAGAAGAUGUAUGAUGCCAGGCGCUUCACUGAAUCUGGCUUUGAGCACCAUGAUCUGUUCUUUGUGGACGGUAGCACACCAAACGACUCCAUCGUCAGGAAGUUCCUCAACAUCUGCGAGAACUCAGAAGGAGCCAUCGCUGUCCACUGCAAAGCUGGUUUGGGCAGGACUGGCACUCUGAUUGGCUGUUAUAUGAUGAAACAUUACGGCCUGAGUGCUGCAGAAGUCAUUGCCUGGAUACGGAUCUGCAGACCAGGGUCCAUCAUUGGGCCUCAGCAGAACUUUGUUGAAGAUAAGCAGAACAGUCUGUGGGCUGAAGGAGAUGUUUUCCGGGAGAAAAUGCAAAACGAACGUGAGAAUGGCAAGACGGCUGUAACAAGGAUCCUUUCUGGUGUAGAUGACAUAUCCAUCAAUGGGAGCAACAUGAACAGGGCAUCCAAGAAAGAGGAAAUGGACCUAUAUAAUGAUGAUGAGGAGAGGAAUGGCCUUACACAGGGAGAUAAACUGCGAGCCCUGAAGAGCAAGAGGCAGGCCAGAUCAUCCUCAGGUUCACUAUCACAAGAAGAGAAUAAGAUUCACACCAGGUCAUCAUCACAGUCUCUAAGCAGGGUCAUAUUGCAGGCCAGUGUUCAUGGUGGCAACCCAUUGGCUCUUUCUGACCAAUCAGACAGCAGGAAGAGGACCAGAUCCUCACUGCCCGCCAGCGGAGGAAGCUCCCUGAGCCACACCAGGCUGGUCAGGUCUCUAGGAAACUUGCAUGUAGUGGCUGGAGACAGGGACCCAAUGUGUUGGGAGCCAUGUGGCAGCCAUAGAGACACAACCAGUGCCACAGCCAACACAGGCCCUCUCAUCAACUUAAACAUGGCACAGGUCCACCUGCAGGCAAGCUCUCAAACCCACUGUGGGCCACAAACACAUUCAUUCCAUACCCAAAGCUAGAACUCCUCUACUCCGAUGAGCCUGCGGAUCUGGAAACACGGAGGAACUUUACAUAAACUCCAGCCUUGACACAGCUGUACUAUUCUUUAAAUGAAGUUCGGGAAAAGGGUUGGCACAACCCUUAACUGUAUGUGACAUGUAAAUCAUUUUAUAGACUUGUUAUUUUACCCGUAAGUCACUUUCGUUUUUUAUAUUUUUAACAAAGCAUCAAUACAUACAGAUUUAUAAUCAUUGCCUGGUUAUUCCUACUUAUUGAAGCAUGCUGUAGCAAACUAGCUUGUGAAUUUAAAAUAUAUCCUCCUAAAUGAGCACUGUGCAGCAAAUUUUCUACUUUACAAAUGGGAGAUGUAGAUUUUUCCAGGAGUAUGGCCUAAAAACCUGCUUUUGGUCCUUCAUGAGAAAGCAGUUUUCCUUGGUGGUAGAAUAAAGUCCAUGACAAGACACAAUACUGUGCUCAUCUGUACCUCCAGUCUCCAUAUACUUGUGAAGCUUUUCAGCAACUGUGUUUCAAGACUGUAAAUAAGACUGUCAAAAUUUGAUAUACUCAGUUUGUAUUUUUUAAAUAUUUUGUACUAUGUUUAAAAUCAUGCUAUAAAAUAAGUGUAUGGUCCUGAUGGGGUUUUGUUCAACUCAUGUUCAUUACAUUAGCUUAAAGCACAGAAUCAGACUUUUCAAAUGAAACUGUACUGGCUGUUAGUCUUAGUAGCAAAUGCUUAUUAUAACUAGAUGCAUUAAACAGUUUCAAGUU